AUGGGCACCGCUUGUCACGCCGCAGAACUGCCGCCACCGGUACCAUCACGCCAGCAGGGCCACCAUGCACAGUGCCAUCACACUGCCAGGAACCACCAUACAGUACCAUCACCAACAGGUUACCAUGCCAUCUCACAUAACAGAACCCACCAUACGGUACCAUCACGCAACCAGGGCCACCAUACCACAUCCACGCUGCUGGAGCCUGUACGGUACCAUCACGCUAACAGGCCUGUCGUUACCGGCAUCAGCGGAGACGCCAUGGUGCCAUCACGCCAUGGAACCUGUACCAUCACCUGUAGGCCGCCGCCACGGGUACUGCAUCACAUGCUGGGGCCGCCACAGGUGCCAUCACGCAACGGGCACCUUUACAUCACACUGUGGGGCCACCAUACAGUACCAUCACACACGCAGGCCUGUACCAUCGCAACAGGGCCCACCAGCUGCCAUCACAUAACAGAACACCAUACAGUACCAUCGCCAGCAGAGCCCACCAUGCACCAUCACGCAGGGCCACCAUACGGUACCAUCUGCUGGGGCCACCUGCAGGCCUGCACAUCACGCCAGCAGGUACCAUGCCAUCAUAACAGGGCCACCAUGCAGUACCAUCCACAUAACCAGGGCCGCCAUGCGGUACCAUCACGCCAACAGGGCCACCGCCACAGUAUCCACGCCGCAAGACCACCAUACGGUACCAUCCUGCUGGGGCCGCCAUACCAUCACGCCAGCAAACACCACGGUACCAUCAUAACAAGACACCAUGCGGGUGCACCAUCCCCUGCGCCAGAGACCACCAUGCCAUCACGUUACGAACCACCAUGCCAUCACCAACGAAGGCCUGCAGUGCACCAUCCCGCAGAGCCACCAUACCGUUACCGCUCACGCCACUGGAGACACCAUGCCAUCACCAUAACAGGGGCCUGCAUACCAGUACCAUCCCCGCAACAGGCCGCCAUGCCAGUGCAUCACACCAACAGAAUACAUACAGUACCAUCCCACUGCCGACCACCAUGCCAUCCUGGGGCCACCGCCACGGUACCGGCAUCACAUAACAGAACGCACCGCUGCGGUACCAUCACGCCAACAGACCGCCAUGAUACCAUCAUAUGGAACCGCCGACAUGCCAUCGUUACAGACGCCAUGCCAUCGCAAACAGAGCCGCCUGAUGCCAUCACGUCAGGGCCACCAUCGGUACCAUCAUAA